GAAAAAGUAAAAAGAACAAGAAAAAGCAACGAAAAGAAAAGGAUAAAGAUGAGUAAAGACGAGUAAAGUAAAACCCUCUUCUAUUUUACCUCCUGUCAGAGACUUCGAAAGGUUUGUAAUGGCGACCGAAGAAACCACUAUCAUGAGUCGCGUAGAUUCAGACAGUACAAAAUAUAUAAAAGUAGGUCCAGCUGGACUUACUGAAACGAAUGAUCACCCUACAGCCUGGGAUGAGAAAGGGCAUACGAAGAUCAGUCGAAUAUAUAUAUCGUAUGAACCGGAGUCUAUAACGUCCAUCCAGUUUCAAUAUGUGGAAGAUGGAAAUUUUGUGCUUUCUCCGGUGUAUAUUGAACGACUUGGUGGAUCAAAAUUUAGACAGAUAACACUCGACAGUGAUAACGAGUACAUCACCGGGAUUAGUGGUUGCUGGAAGCAUGCUGCAUAUGAAGAUUUUAAUACAUUAUUGGAAGGUGAAACUAUGGACAUUUCAGUAAUCACUUCAUUAACAAUUGAAACCAACAAAAACACAUUUGGACCUUUUGGACGUGUUGGACCGACCUGCCGUGAACGAGAGUUCAGCUUUCAGUUUGGUCCAGGCAACGAAUUCGGUGGAUUUUAUGGUACUUUCCAUAACCCAGCAUCCUGGGGAUGGGAUAAUCCUCCUUCUAAUGUGCUCGGGUCCAUAGGAGUAUAUCUUAAGUCGGGAUGACAAGAGACGAGAAUGGCUAGCUAGGUUAUCUUAUUACGUAAAAAAGCUAAACGGAGAACUUGAUCUUUACCAAAAAGUAGGCAGUGUAGCUUUUUUAUAUGUUCUAUGGAGAACUGUUUUUCAAGUAGUUUUACUUGUUUAUGUUCAUGAAGAUUAAGAACGGUUUAGAGUUUUUAAGUGCUUUUGAUGUUAUGAACCAACUUCAACCAAUCUUUAUAAAAGAUGUUAUCAUGUUUGUUUAA